AUGUCCUCGACUCCCGCUCCUCAAGGUCUGCUCGUGACAGCCGGCAAAGUCCAUACCCCUUUCAAGACCGAACUUCUUUCAGCUAUGGCUUCGGAGCGAUUCAACAAUACUCCUCCCAAGUUGAUUGGAAUUCUGGCAACGAAGAAGGAGGACGCGAGGACUUACGCGGAAUUCACCAAGAAGGCCUGCGAGCAGAUUGGGAUUCAGUUCGAACUUAGGUUAGUGGGUGAGGCGAGGGAGGGAUUGGAUGGGGAGGGCGUGGGGAUUGAUGUAGAGGAGGGUAUAUUGGAGGCCAACGACGACCCAGAAGUACAUGGUAUAAUGGUCUACUACCCAAUCUACGGUGGACGCCAAGAUCAAUAUCUGCAAUCUGUCGUCUCACCUCAGAAGGAUGUCGAAGGUUUGAAUCAUCAAUUCUUGUUCAACUUGUAUCACAAUAUUCGAUUUAUCUCCCCUCUGACACUCCGACCCAUUCCCUCAUCACAUCUCCCCACUCCGCUAACCACCAAAACCCCUAAAUCCAACGAAGAGGUCGUUCCUGAGGGAACCGUCAAAUCGAUCUUACCCUGUACACCGCUGGCCAUUGUUAAAGUUUUAGAACAUAUCGGAGUAUACAACAAAAUGUUAGAAUACGGUGAUAGAGCUAGAGGAAAAGUGAUCACCGUCAUAAAUAGAUCGGAGGUCGUUGGUAGACCUUUGGCAGCUUUGUUGGCGAAUGACGGUGCGAGGGUGAUCAGUGUGGAUAUUGGCUCAAUCGUCGAAUUCUCCAAAAGACCUUCCACAUCCACCACCACCUCCAAAUUCAACCCUCAUCACAUCACUACACCCUUACCGGAAUUCACUUUGGCUCAGGCAUUGUCAAUCUCAGACGUGGUCAUUUCGGCUGUACCCGUAGCUUCGUACAAGGUUCCAACGAAGGAUCUGAAAGAUGGUUGUAUCUGUGUGAACGUGGCUGGUGAGAAGAACUUUGAAGCGGAUGUGAGAGAGAGGGCAUCAAUCUACGUCCCUUCAGUGGGUAUGAUGACAAUCGCAAUGUUACAGAGGAACCUUUUGAGAUUAUGCGGCUAUCAAGAUAUGAUCAAGUCUGCUGGGUUGUAG